AUGGCACCUUUUGAAGCGUUAUAUGGCAGGAGAUGUAGAACACCUAUGUGUUGGUAUGAAUCAGGUGAGAGCACAGUUCUUGGCCCAGAAAUUGUGCAACAGACUACCGAGAAAAUCAAGAUGAUUAGGGAGAAAAUGAAAACGUCUCAGAGUAGACAGAAGAGCUAUCAUGAUAAAAGGAGAAAGGAUUUAGAAUUUGACGAGGGUGACCAUGUGUUUUUGAGGGUCAACCCAGUUACUGGUGUUGGUCGUGCUUUAAAAUCGAAGAAGUUGAAUCCUAAGUUCAUUGGACCAUAUCAGAUUUUGCAAAGAGUGGGAGCUGUUGCAUAUAGGGUGGCCUUGCCACCAGAGCUUUCGAACUUGCAUGACGUGUUUCAUGUGUCUCAACUUCGGAAAUAUGUUUCUGACCCGUCCCAUGUAAUUCAGAGGGAUGAGGUGCAGGUUCGAGAUAAUCUUACGGUGGAGACAAUGCCAGUAAGGAUUGAAGACCGUAAGAUGAAGCAGUUGAGAGGCAAGGAUAUUCCCUUAGUGAGAGUAGCUUGGGGAGGAGCUGCUGGAGGGAGUGUGACUUGGGAACUGGAGAGCAAGAUGCGAGAGUCGUAUCCAGAGAUGUUUCUAUCAGAGAUUGUUGUUGUUUGUGAACAGCCUUGGGACAGAGAUGGUAAUUCUAGUGAGAAUUACGGUGAGCAAAUGACUCACGUGUGA